UCCAGGGGCGUCCCUGCUCUUCCUUUCUGUCCCGGAGCUCUCACACGACCCUACAGGCUUGGGGGGUGCCCAGCCCCAGCCUUACAGCCACCAGCAGUUUCAGUCCCCUGCCAGCCCGGUGCCAACGUGACCCUGUUUACCACCCGGGGGGGAGUUAUUUAUAGGGCAGCCUGGCUUGGGCCCUUGAUUCAGCAUUUGUACGUGGGGCGCAGCCCUGUUUACACCCCUCCCAGGCACAGGAGGCCCCUCGCUGCUUCCCCCAGCUUGCCCCUGCCCUACCGGCGCGCCCCCAUGGCACAGGAAACCUUCGCCUUCACCUCCUCAGCCCUGCGCUCGCUGCGGCUGCAGCGGGAGCUGCUGGAGCAGGAGGAUCGGCGCCGAGCCCUGGCUCGGGAAUCGGCCACACGCCGCUUCCUGGCCGCCAGCCCCCGGCCCCCGCUGAGCCCACUCCGGCGCCACCAGUACUGCCGGGACCCUGCUGUCCACAACGCCCUCUACGCCGGGGACCUCCUGCGCGUCAAGAGCAUCUUCCAGGAUGAGACCACCAGCAACAUGGUCAUGGAGACGGUCAGCGAGGAGCUGGUGUGGUCACCUGAGCAGGGGCUGUGGGUGCUGAGCCCGCGGCGGCAGCAGACCUCAGCGCUGCGCAUCGUCAGCGCCAGGGGCUACGGAGACUGCGCCCGGCACCUGCUGCUGCGGGGGGCCAAGGUGGACGCGGUGGUGGGGGGCCGGGCCCCGCUGCACGACAGCGCCGCCGCCCCCCGCCCCGACUGCACCCGCCUGCUGCUGGCCUUCGGGGCCGACCCCAACGUGCUGAGCGACGAGGGCUCGGCACCGCUGCACCUCUGCGCCACGCCGGACAGCCUCCCGUGCGCGGAGCUGCUGCUGGCCCACGGGGCGCGGGUGAACCUGGGCACGCGGGACCGGCAAGUGACAGCCCUGCACGUGGCGGCGCGCCAGGGGCUGGUGGCCCACGUGGAGCUGUACCUGGGCCACGGCGCAGACCCUUCCCACCGCACCCGCCAAGGCGAGACCCCCCUGAACGCCGCCUGCGCCGCCGCCGAGCGCCCCGAGGAAGCCCAACGCUUCCUGCGGGUGGCCGAGCUGCUGCUGGCCGCCGGCGCCGAGCCCGGUGCCGCGGGCCGCAAGGACCACACGCCGCUGCACAACGCCUGCGGUAACGGCCAGCCCGGGCUGGUGCGGCUGCUGCUGCGCCACGGCGCCGACGCCACCGUCCCCAACUGCGCGGGCUACACCCCCAUGGACUGCGCCCUGCACGCCGUCGAGGAGUACCGGCACCAGCGCCCCGAGGACAUCCUCCUCCUCCUCCUCGACCAUGGCGCUGGCCCUGUCCACCCCAAGAUGCUGAAGUUCUGCUGCCGGCACCCACCAGCGCUGGAGGUGGUUCUCAACGCCUACGACCGCAUCCCCACUGCUGAGGGCUGGGUGGAGGCUGUGCCCCCCGAGCUGUGGGAGGAGCACCAGGAGCUCUACGACUCUGCGGUGCGCAUGGCAGGACAGCCGCGCCGGCUGCAGCACCUGGCCCGCUGCGCCAUCCGGCGGCACCUGGGUGCCCGCUGCCACGCGGCCGUGCCCAGGCUGGCCCUGCCGCCCACCCUGCGGCACUACCUCCGGCUGCCGCUCGAGGGCGUCAUCUCCUGAGGGCGCCCCCAGGCCUGCCAGCGCCGGACGGGAGCGGUGUGGGGAGGGGGAGCAGGUCUGUGCCAAUAGAAGGUGUGGCACAUGCGGCUCUGGAGGUGGCUCCUUCCGCGUGGGGCACAGUGGCCACGGCACCAGGGGGGACAGCGACCUGGGGAGGACACAAGGUGCCAGGGAAGGUGACAGCCAGGCGCAGAGGAGGGCCCGGGCGGAGGUGACAGACGGGCACGGCGGUCGGCAGGGCCUGCCUGAGCUCAGGGCCUCGCCGGGCGCUGCGGCCACCCCCGGGAGGUCACCGCCGAGCCCCGGGGACACCUCCCCAGCCCCGCCCCUGCCGUGGUGGCCACGCCCAGACGCCGGCCCUGCCCCAUGCCCCGCCCACUUCCGCUCAC